AUGGGAAUAAAUGACAUGAUAAGGAAUGAUGAUUCUUCUCAUGAAGCCAUAUCUGGAUAUGGAGAGGAGAAUAACGAAAACCACGAUGAUUACAAUAGUUCAUGCGAAACUAACGACACAAAGGAUCCUUUCGCAAAAUUUGUUAGCGAUUUUUGUCAAAUCGAAUCCCAUGGUUUUGGUUUAAUACCUAGUCUAAGAAAGACCUAUUAUUAUGAUUGUUUGAACGCUUGUGCGAUAUCACAUUAUGAUAAUUGUAUAGAACCUAGCUCACAAAUAAUUGGAUCCGUUAUUCAUUCAUGGCUUAUUAAAAAAUUGUUAAGUACGGGUGAACAUAUCCCUAUUUUAGAAGAACCACUUUGGGCUCUAGCUGAGGGUAUAAUGGCCCAAUUAAGAAAGAAUUCAAAUGUUUUUCACGGGCUUUCAAAAGUGUUGAUAAGCGUUCGAGCAGGACAUGUUUAUUUGCUCCACAUGAUAGGGGAUGAAAUUAUAAUGUCCUCACAUGAUAAAAAUUUCCUCCAACAGUUCCCCUUAUUCGUGGACGUCGCUAUCAAAGUACAAGAAGAGCACCCUCACGUGGUGCGUCGUAACCCGUGCCAGGUCUUUGUGGCAGUUGAGCAUGCAAAGUUUAAGGGAGAAAAUUAUGGCUGCACUAGCAGCGCUCCAUAUAGAGGUCCGAAUAAUAACAGACGGCAGCAUUUUUUAUCGUUUAAUACCCGUAUGAUCACUACUCCUUCUAUAGAAGGGCAGGUAUUUUGCCUGUUAGAAAAGAUGCUAUAA